GCCCAGCCCCUUUUUCGCCCGCAGCGCGAUGGCGGCCGACCAUCAGCUUGUGGAAGGGGUGGGGGAUGAAGUCGUGCUGUUUGCCGCAUUUCUUGUCCUCUCCAUUUGUUUCUUUGCAUGCUUGUCGCUGCGAGGAAACCGAAGCAGACACAGGAGACACAGUGACAGCGAACGGGAGGGAAAUGAUGAACGUACAGACGAAGCUACUAGCAGCCCUCCAGCCACAGCAGCCGUAGAUAAUGAAAGGGAGAGUGUAUUGGAAAGGCACGUUGGAGAGGAGUUGUCUUCUGAUCCACCCAGGCAGCAGCAGAGUGGGGAGACUACAGUAAGAGCCAGGUUUCCCCAGCCACAAUCAGAUGAGGGAGAAGGCGACGAGUCUCUCUGCAUUCGACUCAUUCUGCCCAACAACUCGACCAUUAAUAUCAAUGCUCAGCGCAGCACAACACUUGGAGAUUUGAGAAGGAUGCACUUCCAGGAGCAGCUUUCUGAGCGGAGACCAAUUCGGUUCAUCUACCAGGGAAGGGUCCUGGAGAACGAUGCCCAAACUCUACAGGAGUUGGGUGUAGGUGCUCACCAUGCCAUUCACGUACACAUAGGGAGACCGAGACCCCUCAAUGGCCAGGAAAACCAGAACAUUGGUCCCCAGCCACCUGGGCAGAUGUUGGAUAUCUCCCAGCUAUUCCUGCCCCUGUUUGGACUCAUCAUAGCUAUAUGCUGGGUCUCCAUGUUCUGCUUCCCCUAUGUCUUUACUCUGGUCACAAAGAUACUGCUCUUUGUUCUGUCUCUUGUGUAUGUUUUUCUCACCUACAUUAUGACUCGGACAACUACAGCAUAGUAGUUCUAUUGUUUUCUAUUGCUGUGCAAUUCAACAAUAAACUAAUGGAUGCAACACGCAAUUGUAUUGUUUAUCUCAAAUUAUGCAUGCUUGACAAUUGACCUUCCAUGGCACGAGAAAACGGCCCAUUCAGUGUGUAGCUAUGUACACACUAUGGGAAAAUAGUGGAUU